AUGUUUGCGCUUACUGAUGCAAGUGUAACAACUGGUUCGACGCCAGCCCCUGAGAAAGAUCCAUAUCUUGACAAUUUCUUUGCAACUCUGGAGGAAACGUGGUACAACAGAAUCCAGUGGACGCCUGAUGAUGACGAGGCCACGAUAAAUUCCGGCUUCCACUGGAACGGCCCCGUCAAGAUCGCAGUGCUAGAUACGGGGGUGGAUCUCGAGCACGAAGAUUUCACCAAGCCCGCAAGGAGAAGAACCAAGAUCGGACGCAAGAGGGCAAAGGGCAUCCCCGAGAAGACGCAACGCGAGAGAAUCGUCGCGGUUCGGAAUUUUGUCGGCGAACCUGGGGAGGAAAACGACGUCACUGAUGAAUUCGGUCACGGAACACACAUCGCAGGGUUGAUCAUGGCUGUUGCUCCCCGGGCAGAACUGUACAUUGCCAAAGUGAGCACGGGCAAGGAGAUUUCCGAGGCUCAGCAAGCAGGGAAAAUCUCUUCGAAAGCAGCCAAGCGAAAGUCUCGUCGUCCCGUGGAAGAGGCAAUAAGAUGGGCAAUAGAGCAAAAGGUGCACAUCAUCAACCUCUCAUUGGGAUUCCCCCAGUUGGGUUCUUAUGAAUUAACCCGUGCUCUGGACGAUGCUGUCAAUGCUGGCAUCAUCGUGUUCGCCGCCGCUGCAAACCACGGUAACAAUAAUGCCAUUGCCUGGCCGGCGCGUAGUCCAAACCUUGCCAUCUGUAUUUCUUCCAGCGACAAGUUUCAAAAGUUAUCCCCAUUUGCUCCUCAACCAAGCCCGGAGUUCCCAAUGUUUGUGGCACCUGGGGAAGAAGUCUGGAGCCAGUGGCCAACCAACCUAGGAGGCGGCUUUCGGAAGAUGAGCGGGACCUCGGUGUCAACUCCCAUUGCGGUGGGUAUGGCCGCAAUUAUCCUUGGGUUUCUCAAUAUGACGAAUGUAUGGGAUCCGCAAGCCAAGGAGACAUGGCUUGGUCGCGUUCAUGAGUACGAGAUACGACGGACCAGAGGCAUGCGCAAACUCUUGACGCACCUUUGCCGUGAUCGGAAUGGUGUCAAGAUUCUCUCGCCCGAUUUGAUGUGGGAGGAUAACCAUGGGAUCGGGGAUGAUCCGCUCCAGGCUCUGAACCUCAUUGCCUGGCCUUUUAAAUCGAUGAAAGGGUAG